AUGGCUGGUAAUAACAACCAUAUGCAAGGGUACAUCAAUAAGAUGAUUGCAAACAAUUCCGAACAACAUGGUGUACCUUCAGACGAGAAUCGAGAUGAUAUAGUGCCUAUGCGAGUGACCGAUGUUGAUGAUGGUCAUGGAAACAUGGAAGGCAAUCAGCUUGGUCAAUAUGAAAUACACUGGCCGCCAGUAUUUCUCGACGUCUGGAUACCGGAAUGCAAAGUUCUACAAACCGACAUCAGCAUUCGUGACUGGUUCGCACCGGUCAUAUCACCUCCAACGGAUGAUAAUGAUGAUGACCUUGAUGACAUAGAAGAACAAGAACAAGAAGAGUAUGACGAUGAUGAUGACCGCUAUCGCGUAUACGGCUAUGAAGAUGACGAAGAUAAUGAUAUUGAUGAGCAAUUUGAUUUAAUUGAUCUUCUCGAAGAACAAGAAGAAAUUGAAUCUACAUUAUCCUACCUCAAUUCAGUAGAUCUUGAAUGGGUCACCGUAGAUGCUGAUGAUCACCAUUAG